AUGAGUAAUACUGCUUUGUUUGGAUUGCGUAGUGGAAUGUCAGGGAUGAGCAGUGCGACUCCCACUGAUUUCGAUCGUAGCGGUAAUGGCCCUCUUGCGAAUUCCACUCCUAAAGCUGAAUCUCCAACAUCCCAUCCAACAACAAAUUUCGAAGAAAAAGCCAUUGUACGCUUCGAUUUUCGUUUGUAA